UGGAAAUCUGUUCAUAGGAGAUUACAAGGUGGGUAUGCUAUCUGUCAAAGCAAAUUGCCAGUUUUAACCAUUCGUUGACAGCAGAGUCAGGAACACUGACAACCCUUUUCAACUAGAUUAAAUACUGUAGCCUUUAAAAGAACAGCUAUGAACCAUAAAAGCGUAAUCAUACGAGGAACCAAUGGUGAAUAUUUCUUACAAUCUUUAAUGCACAAUCCAAACGGAAAAGGCUGCAUAAGUGUUUCAUCUAAGUCCUCGGCAUCACUUGGGUCGUCUAAUGAAUCGUCCUCGGAAAUGGAGGCCCAGUCAUCAGACUUAGACUUGUGUCAACCCUACGCCCAGUCGAGCUCUUCUGGGUAUUCGGACCAACAGACGUCAACGUCUGAUGAAGAGAAAUCCGGGAACUUAAUUCUAGACACUACGGCCGAUUGUAUUCAACAAAUAAAUGGCUCCGUCACUUUGUCGCUGAUGGAGGCAAAACUAUGGUACACAUUCCUGGGGCUAGGAACAGAAAUGAUUAUCAACAAAACCGGAAGGAGAAUGUUCCCAUAUCUAGAAUUUUCGCUGCGAGGUGUUGAUCCUGUUGGUUUAUAUGACGUAAUAUUUGACAUCAUACCCGCCAGUAGCAAAAGUUUUAAAUUUCUUAACAAUAAAUGGAUUCCAAUGGGAAGGAAAGAAGAAGAAUUUAAAAAUUAUCCAUUUAAACAUCCAGACUCCCCACGAGUUGGCUCAGAUUGGAUGACUCGAAAAAUUUCAUUUGAAAAAAUAAAACUUUCAAAUAAACCAGGCACAAAAGCUGGAAUAUUUACCCUGCACACACUGCAAAAAUACCUGGUGCGUAUCUCCAUCGUUAAACACGAGAGAGACGAUGAGCUGUCGGUGGUAGAGUUCCCUAUCCGAGCCACCACAUUCAUCGCGGUGACGGCCUACAACAACAGAGAGGUCACCAAACUCAAGAUCAACAGCAAUCCAUACUCAAAGGGCUUCCGUUUCCCUAUGAAAAGAACGAGAAACCAGUCCUUUGAUAGACUAGCGACUACAAGUGAUGAAGACACGGGCACAGUCCAGACCCUCAGGAGUCACAUAGUCAGUUACCCGAAGACUGAAGACACGGGCACAGUCCAAACCCUCAGGAGUCCCAUAGUCAGUUACCCAAAGACUGAAGUCACAGCUAUUUCUGAGUUUCCAUUAGAUUUAUCCAUCCAAAAAAGUUGCAUAUAUAGAAAUAAGAGUUCCCCUCAAACAAAGGAAAUGGUAGACAAAGCAACACAGACAGAUUUAAGGAUGAUUGAAUCCGGAUUCUGGAAUCAGCCAAGUGCGCGUCCUUACGCCAACAGUCUUUCAGAGAUGACCAUGCAGCGUCAUACCGCUUAUCCCAUUAUCCACAGAAGUAUCAACGAGCAAGACACAUGUGAUGUCAAACUUGCGGCAAAAAAAUUUCGAGAAACGACAUCGUCAAGUCCACAGGCAUCUCUGAUACCAAACAAUUGUGAGAGAUCACCCAUAUUCCUCAGCAAUUCAUCUGAUCAUUGCAAGGACCAUCGUGGAGAAAGAUUAAUGGAGUACAACGCCAGAAUAGAAAUGUGGAAACGAGACGGAAAAAGAUCUCGUUAUGAAAAACCUGACGUUAUAUGAAAAACAAAAAUAUAAAUCUGAAACAGAAAAAAAACAGAUUUAAAAUUCAUUUCAAGCAAGGACACCAUAAAAAAAGAAAAAAGAAACUCUAAAACUUGAGUGGAUAUUGUUGUUAUAAAUCCAUGUCAUUAAAUUGUCUGAAGAAGCUAAUGUAUAAGAUGAGUACUUGUUUUUGAGCUUCGAACUGUGAACUGUUUUAUAAUUAUUACGUUUCCUUUAAUGCUCAUUUUUUCUUAAUUAUGAUGUUGUAGUUUAUUCAACCUCAUUGGCGUGAAGUCAAAUGGUUACGAACAUUUGAAUGAUUCACUUGUAUCUUAUAUUUUUAGUUUAUCUAUUUCUAAAAUCAUGUUCAAAAUCUUGUGAAAGCAUUGUCUUUCUAUGGUAUUACUGUUAAGUGUAUCUUUUGUUGUACAUGUUGGUUGUUUUUUUCCAUCUUUUCUGAUUGUCUUAGAGAGAUUUGUAUGGUGUCAGUAGUCGGUGUCUGCAUUUUUCAUUCACCCUCUUAUCUUGAAUUAAAAAGGAUAUUUGACUUGUCCAAAACUGAGUUUAAAUUUCCUUAUGAAGUAAUAAGAUUAAAAAAAACCUCAAAAUCUUGAAAAAGAACAAGGAACAUAAAGUUUGUAAAGUUUAUUUGACCAAGUUGGCUUACAUUUUUUUUUUUGCUCAAUUACAAGACUUCUUCUAAAGAUUAAAAAGAAUCAGUAAUUGAGGAUAUUAUGUUUUACAAAGAUGUCUGACGAACUUUAUGAAUGCUAUUUGUAAAAAAAAAAAGGAAAUCGAGUAAGUACUUUACAAAUUAUCUAAAAUGCUCACAUUUCUCUGAUAUAGACUAUAAAAAUUAAGACUUUGAGUUCAAGUUCUCUGUCAAAAGUGUAUGAAGAAAAUCCUCCGCGAAACAUUGACUAAGUAAGUAUGAAAUAAAUGAAUAUUUUUUUACAUGAAAAUAUUCAGUUUAUACGAAGACUUGUAAUUUAUUUUAAACUGUGUUAUUCAUUUUUAACAUGUUUGUUUCUAUUGAUUUUUAUACAGUAUGCGUGUACUAAGUAGUUAGCAACUUUUGUGUCAAAGUUUAACAUUGUUAAUUCUUACGAGCGAUAUGGCUCAUGGGACUCUUGUUUCUAUUUCUGUCAUAUUAUGUCUUUUUGUAAUAUAUUUUGACUAUAUAUAAUGUUUGGUUGAAUUCUUUUAAUAAAACUUCUACGGAAUCAAAAUAAACAAUGUACGGACAUACCUGUAAAACUUCAACAUGUAACGUGUCAUCUGAUUGGUGUAUUCAGUCACGUGUCAGGGUAAACAAAAUUACUUAUUAGGUUUGUUACUGACAGACUACAGAUAUAUUUAAACAAUAAAAUGCUUUACAAUGGUGAUUCUUGCGGGAUACAUAACCCGCUAUCAUAUGACCUGCGUUGGUGGGCUAUGUAAUUUUGUCUGCAAUGAUUGCUGCCUUCAUAACCUGUAGGAAUCAACAAAGAAAUCAAUUUAUUUUUUUUAUUUACAUCUUUCAAUUAACUAGUUAAUAAAUUGGUCUGAAAAAAGUAAAAAAAAAAAUCUACAUGCGUUAGACAGAAAACACAACCAAAUCGGCUUUGAUGGGAACUUGAGUCUGACAUCAUCAUGAUUAUUUUGAGCAGUUCGUGAUUUUUCUCAUAACUUUAUGAAGGUUUCGACCAACCGAUAAACGGGGCGCGAGGAGGUCAGUUCCGUUAGUUUCUA